AUGCGUUUCGCCGUGGUCCUCGCAACGCUGGUUGGACUGGCUGUCGCCACCCCAAAGUCACCGCUUUUCAAGAGACAGUGCCCUACCCAGCCCCAAGACUGCUGUCUCCAGACUGCCAACUGCCAGACUUGCUACUACGGAACCGAGCCCUACGAGUGCAAUUGCGACUGCGUGAAGAUUGGUGGCUGCCCCUGCACCGAAAUCGACAACGACCUUAACCCGCCGCAAUGCAUUGGUUGGUCGGCCGGCAUGAACCAUGACUGCACCUAGUUUCAUGACACGGUAUUCAGUAAAGUCAUAUACUUGACUUUCUGAGAAUUGAUCACCGAAACUUUGAGGAAGCGAUUGGUCUUACUGUAUUGGCGGCAUUUUUAUCCAUGAUAUGAGGGCAGUCCAACUGCGUCCCCUCAUACAACACCUGUUCUUUUAAUAAAAGAAUAGGACAUAUAAUGAAAUGAAUGAUUCAUGCCAAAGUUUAGCGAAUAUAAUUCUUCACAAG